UGCCUUUAACACGUACUAUUUUGACAGCAUCUGUUUUCGGCACAUUUUCGGCUUAAAUGACUUUCACUCCAAUUAGCUACGUAUAAGUUGGUUGUAAUAAUUUAAGUAAAUUUUUAAUUAAAUAAGAUGGGUUCAGAUAAAAAACAACAAAAAGUUCAAGCUUCGGGAUUCACGAAAGAAGAGGAGCUAUUGCUGCAAGAUUUCAGCCGCAAUGUCAGCACGAAGUCGUCUGCAUUAUUUUAUGGCAACGCAUUCAUUGUGUCUGCCGUUCCGAUCUGGCUAUUUUGGCGCGUCCAUAAUAUGGAUUUACUUCCGAGUGCGAUUUUCUUUAUUAUCAUGACCGGUGUCAGCACUUAUCUAAUGGCAAUGGCCUACAAAAAUAUCAAAUUUCAGUUAAAACAUAAGAUCGCCGUUCGACGCGAGGACGCCGUCACGCGUGAGAUCAAUCGUCAAUUGGGUGAUGACAAAAAAGUUACGCGCAAAGAAAAGGAUGAACGUAUUUUAUGGAAGAAAAAUGAAGUAGCGGACUAUGAAGCUACAACUUAUUCCAUAUUCUAUAACAAUGCAUUAUUCCUGGCCAUCAUUAUUUUUAUUAGUUUUUUCAUUUUAAAAAACUCGUCGCCCAUUAUCAACUAUAUAUUCUCAAUUGGCUUAGCUAGCGGAGUUUUGGCUUUGUUCUCCACCAGCACCCAAACUAAUUGAAACACAAUUGAAUUAGGUCAUAAAGUACACUUUACAUAUGUAAUACAUUUUAUGUGAAAGCGUAUUGAAAUGCAUAUAAUAGGAAAAAAGGAAUUUUUUUUUUAUUCCUCUAUUAAGGCUGACUUUAACGUGCUGUUUGUUGAAAUUCCCUACACUCUAUUUAGAUCGUAUGUAAUAAAAAUGUUUUAAUUUUGAUAUUAUUUGUAAAUGAAUAA